AUGAGAUCAGCCACAGAGCGGCACAGGGGCUUGACUGCCACGCUGUCUUCGGCCGACCUGCAUCAGGGCCUGCAGAUGCUCGACAGGACCGCUGCCGUCGCUGACAGCCGCAUCUGCCAGCUCCUGCACGGCCACCUUGACGGCAGUGCCGGCAUCAUAUCCGUCUCCAACAAAAAGUGCGCCCACUCCGCCACCCACGAGUGCCCGUACCUGGCCGACUCCAACUCGACUCUCUGCAACCCCUGCGCCGUCAACGCGGCAAAGGGCCAGCCAUGCUCAUGA